CAACUAGACUGAAACACUGCCGAAGCUAGACACUUUGGUAUAGCAUCAGACACCGCAAUCAAGCGGCUUAUUUGCAACCGCCAACAGCAAGUCAGUCAGUGUUAAGUUAGGCGCGUUCGUAGACGGUUGAAAACGGUAUGUGGAAAUGGUUUAAAUAAAGUGAAAAGAAUGAAAUUGAGAGCGAAAAGUUAUGCAUUGUGUUGGAAUUAUAAAAAAAAUUAUGUUUAAAUAAUAAUACAGCAAAACAAAAUAAUUGCGGUAUUUGAUUAAAUACCACAGCAACCGCAACCACCCACCGCCGUAGCUUUUCCGCCACAUUUAAAGGCCAACCAACCAACAAAGCGCUCAGAUUCCAUCUUAAUCAGCAUUACAUAUGUAUAUGUAUAUUAUGUAUAUAGAAGACAGAAAGUCUACCUGUUGAUGCACGCACUAAAAGUAUAAAUACCAAAGGACACAAUGUUUCGCGCUUCACAGAUCGUCAGCGAAGAGACACUUCCUGCACUCUUUGAGUCAACUACAUCGAUAUCAGAGGAUGAUAUACAGCCCGAUCCAAGCACAUAUCUGCGAAAAUAUGAUAGGAGGCUCUCAUUAAAAUAUGGACUAACAACAACGUUACCGCCGAUUAAAUAUAAGUACCCAUUGGCCGUUAUUUUUUUGCUUACGACAAAAUUUUUUGAAGCGUUUGCCGCAAAUGGUAUUAGAACUGUCUUAGUUUUAUAUAUACGUGAUGACCUCUACUUUAGCGAAGGCUUUGCAACGAUUAUGUUGCAUAUUUUCAAUUUCUUUGGUCAAUUUUGUCCGAUAUUCGGUGCCAUAUUAGCUGACAGUUAUUUUGGAAAUGUGCGCACAAUUUCAUACUUUUGCAUACUCUACGCUACCGGUUGGAUAUUGCUAAUUUUGACGGUUAUGCCCGCAGUAGGAAUAUCCUUGAUUUUCCUAGUAUCGGUAUCCUUGUUAUUUAUAGCCAUAGGCAAUGGUUCAAUACGCGCUUGCAUAACCUCUUUGGGCGCGCAACAAUUCAAGCUGCCCGAGCAGACCACUCGUUUGGCUGAAUACUUUUCAUUGUAUUACUUUGUUUACUAUUUUGGUAUACUGCUGAGUAAAAUUGUACCACCAUUAGUGCGAGCCAAAUCACAAUGCUUUGGGAAGACCGACUGCUACCCGGCGGUUUUUGGAAUGUUAGGCUUGUCCUUUGCGAUUUCCUGGUCAAUCUUCAAUCUCGGUAAAUUUUAUUACAAAGCUGAGAAACUUGCUGAGGAAAAUAUACUUAUAAAAUUGUGUGGUUGUAUUAAACACGCCUUGGUUGUAAAGUGGCGUAACGAGAAUCAAAAUGAGCAACCACGCACCUAUUGGCUGCAAUAUGCAGUAGGCAAAUAUGAUGAGGAUUUUAUAAAAGACGUUGGCAGAGUUUUAAAGAUCUGUAAACUUUUCAUGCCAUUACCGGUAUAUUUCGCGCUACUGGCCCAACAAGAUUCCAGUUGGACAUUUCAGGCUUCAAUGAUGAAUAUGACGGUAGCCGAUAUGAUAACAAUACAACCAGAUCAGGCUAAAGCGAUGGGUCCUAUUUUGCUUUUUAUACUUAUACCUUUGUGGCAAUAUAUGUGCACGCCAUGCAUUCGUCGUUUAUUUGGUAGAGAGGUUAAGCCUUUGCAUAGCGUUACUGCUGGUGGCGUGUGCUCAGCGCUCUCUUUUAUUUGUGCCGGCGUCUUGCAAGAAUAUAUUAAUAGUCAACCUUAUCGUUCUGUAAAUAUUGCUUGGCAAAUUCCACAGUUUUUGUUACUGAUGCUUGGCGAAUUACUAUUAUCUAUACCCGGCUUGAAGUUUGCAUUUACACAGGCGCCUGCUUCAAUGAAAUCAGUGGUCACUGCCGCAUGGUUCAUUAACAAUGCUUUUGGAAAUCUCAUUGUGGUGAUAUUAACCCAGUUAAAUAUGUUUGUUUCACAGAGCAACGAGUACUUUUUCUAUGCUGUCAUAAUGUUUAUUUCCAUAAUAGUAUUUGCCAUGUUGGCUUAUGAUUAUGUCCUACAAGAGACUGGAUAUUUGUUUACAAACAAUACGAAUGAUAAUAUGCUGAUUCGUACGCAACAUUUGGCACAGAAGUAUGAGGAACCCAAUACAAGCGCUGCAAGCACAAGUAGUCGCAGAACAAGUGUUUAAGCAUAAAAGUUGUAAUUAUCAUAUAUUCGAAAUAGUUAAAUGGCCUAACUUAUUUAUUUGUACAAAUUCAUGUUAAAUUUUAAUAUAAAAUAUUACUAAUCUAAAA